AUGAACUCAGAAGGGACCCGAGCUCCGGAGGCCGCCGGUGCCGAGGGGACCAGGCUGGCGGCCGGCGGGAGCCCGCGGCUGAGGCGGCGGGGGCGGCCCGAGAAGUCGCCAGCGGCGGCGGCGCCUCGCGGAGCGGACGAGUGGCCGGCGGCCCGGGCGCCGCUGCGCUUUCACCCCGCUUCUCCUCCGCAUCUGCAUCCCGCCGCGACUCCCGGCCCGGCCUCGGGCUGGCUGCGGCGGCGGCGUUGGGCUGCGCUGCUGGUGCUCGGGCUGCUGGUGGCCGGAGAGGUGGACGGAUGCGAGCUGGUUCCGAGGCACCUCCGCGGGCGGCGGGCGACCGGCUCUGCCACGGCAGCCGCCUCUUCUUCCGCCGCGGUGGCAGGCGAUAGCCCGGCGCUCAUGACAGAUCCCUGCAUGUCACUGAGUCCACCAUGCUUUACAGAAGAAGAUAGAUUUAGUCUGGAAGCUCUUCAAACAAUACAUAAACAAAUGGAUGAUGACAAAGAUGGUGGAAUUGAAGUAGAUGAAAGUGAUGAAGUAAAGUUUAUCAGAGAUGCCUUAAAUUCUAGUAGAAUUGUAGAGACAAACAACAUCAUACACUUGUCAAGGCUUGAGAAGGCACAGGAAGAAAACAGAAAUGUUGCCGUAGAAAAGCAAAAUCUAGAGCGUAAAAUGAUGGAUGAAAUUAAUUAUGCAAAGGAGGAGGCUUGCCGGCUGAGAGAGCUACGGGAGGGGGCUGAAUGUGAACUGAGCAGACGCCAGUAUGCAGAGCAGGAGUUGGAACAGGUUCGCAUGGCUCUGAAAAAAGCCGAAAAAGAAUUUGAACUAAGAAGCAGCUGGUCUGUUCCAGAUGCACUUCAAAAAUGGCUCCAAUUAACACAUGAAGUAGAAGUACAGUAUUACAAUAUUAAAAGACAAAAUGCUGAAAUGCAGUUAGCUAUUGCUAAGGAUGAGGCUGUAAAUGGCCAUAAAGGGAGCAUUGGACUUCAUGGGCGUUUCUGUCUGUUACGUUUCUCAGGGACCAUGGCUAAACCUCCUGGAUCCUUAGCCAGAAGCAGCAGCUUGUGCCGCUCUCGCCGCAGCAUCGUGCCAUCCUCGCCGCAGUCUCAGCGCGCUCAGCUUCCUCCACAUGCUCCUCACCCAGCACUCCCUCGCCAUCCGCACCACCCCCAGCACACCCAGCACUCGUUGCCUUCCCCCGACCCAGAUAUCCUGUCAGUGUCAAGCUGCCCAGCGCUGUACCGAAAUGAAGAGGAGGAGGAGGCCAUUUACUUCUCUGCCGAGAAGCAAUGGGAAGUACCCGACACAGCUUCAGAAUGUGACUCCUUAAAUUCUUCCAUUGGAAGGAAGCAGUCUCCUCCUUCAAGCCUUGAGAUAUACCAAACGUUGUCUCCUCGAAAGAUAUCAAGAGAGGAGCUCUCGCUAGAGGAUUCCUCCAGAGGAGAUUCGCCCAUCACUGUGGAUGUCUCUCGGGGAUCUCCCGACUGUGUAGGUCUGACAGAAACUAAGAGCAUGAUCUUCAGCCCUGCAAGCAAAGUGUACAACGGCAUCCUGGAGAAAUCCUGCAGCAUGAACCAGCUCUCCAGCGGCAUCCCCGUGCCCAAACCUCGCCACACGUCGUGUUCCUCAGCCGGCAGUGACAGUAAACCGGUUCAGGAAGCCCCAGGUGUUGCCAGGAUGGGCAGCAUCCCACAUGACCUUUGUCAUAAUGGAGAGAAAAGCAAAAAGCCAUCAAAAAUCAAGAGCCUUUUUAAGAAGAAAUCUAAGUGAAUGGCAGACUUGAUGGAAUCCCAUUCGAGUGGCAUCUGUAAACUUUUGUCUCCCGCCCUCCACUCCCUUUUUUUGUUUGUUUAGUUUUAGGAAGGUAACUCCACUGGCGCUUUCCGGACUGGACGCCAUAGUGGAAUGUCCUUAAGGGCAACUGUCUCCUGUCUGCUUAUUUAAAUGACUAUAUAGUCAAUUCAUCAAGCCAGUUAUUAUUGAAAAAUCGUUAAGAGAUGGGACAGUUUACAGUCAUUUCUGCCUAUUUAUUUCUGCUUUGUUACUAGUGACGUAUAUACAACAUUUUGUUGGAAGCCACUAUGGACUUACGAGCUUUAAUGGACUAGUAAGCCAGCAUGGGCUUGCAAACUUUCUUGUUUACCAGAGCAUCUUCUUAUCUUUCCACAGAGCUAUUUACAUCCUGGACUCAAUAACUUAAGAGAAGUCAAACUAAUUGCACUACUGUUUUCCAGACUGGAAAAGAAAAUAUCUGCAAGUGAAACUGUAUAGAGUUUAUAAAGUGACUAUGGAUAGGGGACUGUUUUCACUUUUAGAUCAAAAUGGGUUUUUAAGUAGAACCUAGGGUUUCUAAUUGACUUGAUUUCUGGAAAUGAAAACCCACGCUUUUAUUAUGGGAAGCUUCUUUAAAUGCAUUUAAUAUUGUAAAGUUUCAAGUCCUGCUGUAAAGACCAUGUUGUUUUGUUUUCCCCAGGGCUUUCACUGUGAUUUACUGCAUUGCAGGCUGUAUGAUAAAACAGAAAUAAUUUAAAGAGAGAGGGCUCUUGAUUCCUUACGCAAGUGCAAGAGUUGAAACUUGAGUGAAGGACUUAAAACAUUCACAAGCUUAAACUGAGGUGGGGGGGAUGUGGGGAUUCAGGCACAUGUUUACAGACUUUGAAUAACUGCAAAGGAUUUAUGGUUUGUGCAAAUUUGUACUGUGGAAAAGAUAAUAAAUUGGAGACAUUAUUGUG